AUGAAGGAGAGUGACCGGCAGAUAUUCUUUGAUGUCAACACCACCUAUAGCUCUACGGAGACGGAUGAGGAGAUAUCUGGGAUGUUCGACGACAAGGUGUUCCCUGAAGACUCGCUUGGAGGAGGGGAUUUUCUUAAGCUUGAGGAGGAGUUGAAGAAAGUAAGGAGCAUUAAGAAGCCAUGA